UUGUUUUCGUUAAAAAUAUAUCGUUUAAAAACAUUCUAGACUAAAUAGAGAAUCGGGAUAUUGUUUUUGUCAAAACGGCGAAUAAAAGUAAAUUUUUCGCAAGAAACAAUGUGUGGAAGGAGUCCACUCAAUAUAUUAGACUUACCCAGUGUGGUCUUAAUGGAGAUAUUUGAAUAUCUAAGUUACGAUGAAGUUUCAAAGAAAAGACUGGUUUGCCGACGAUUUGAUCACAUUUGCCAGCAAGUAUUAAACGGAGGGUUUAAUAAAGUCAUAAAGCAGCAUUCGAUUAAUUUUAAACGAAUAAAAGCGCUUCUGCCCCGCAGAGAAUCGGAGCGACGAAAUCACUGCCUGGCUCGACAUGCAGAUAUUCUUACUUCCAUAGAGACGCGCAUUUCGAUGUUAUCCAUGACCUAUUCCAAAUAUAUGGACUUGAAUUUGUGCUGCUUUAUUCCUGGAAAGGUUCUGGAUGAAAUAUUUCGUAUAUUGCGUCUGAUAGGCAAAAGCAAUAAACCACUGAGGCCCCAUGAGGUGCUACAAGAACUACGAGAUAUUUCAUCAAUGGCCAUAGAACAUUUCGAUGAAAAAAUUGUGCAUCAAUUGAAGAAAACAUUCGCAGACAACAGCGGAGGCGGAAGUAAAAUGUGCUGUCCAGAAAUCAGACGUUCGACUCCCAGCAAUACUGGUCUGGGUAAUAUUUCGUUCAGUGGUAUGGGAGCUUCAUCCCCGCCGUUUGUAACACCUUACAUCUAUGGUAGUAAUGAAUAUGUUUUGGAACCUCUCACUCAUCGUUUAGGAAGUACAUUAAAGACAGCAGCCGGUAACAGUGGUGGAAAUCACGCCGACCAACAGUCACCAUCAACAUCUUCAGCAUAUUUUGGUGGUGGUGAACACCAACAUAUAGUUGCACAUCCUCCAGGCGAUUGUCCAGAGGCUCGUUCAGCACUGAUGUAUUGCAAGAAACUUGAAGGCGAUUAUAAGAAGGGUGUGGUCAAGAUGCAUCGCAUGCAGCAAAUACAAAAUUUGCAAUACAAACGCCUGCAGCAAGCCCUAAGUUCUGUUGCAGAACUUAAUGUCCAAAUUGUUGAAUUGAAAAAGCGCCUAGAAGACGUAGAUGCAAAAAAUCGCGAAAUUUCAGCAAAUAUAAGGCACAUCAAUGGUGGUGCCUCGCCAGAAACUGCCAAAACCACACCGCCAUUGUGCACUGAUGCUGCCGUCACUAUUGGUCCUACUACAGAUGAAACCGCAACAGCUUCUAACCCCCCAUUGUCAACGGAAAUUGCAACUCCCUCGGCCACAUGUGCUCAAACACAAUCUAACGAAGAAAUUGAAAAUAAAGCAAUGAAAAGGCGAUGUAAUAGUGAUGGUGUCGAUAUUGGGGUUACUGGUACAUCAUCACUGGAAGAAUUCGCAGAAGACAAUGUAGCAGACGAUCGACAAUGCAGUGUAUCAUGUAUUUCCGUUAAGAAGGUCAAGUUGGAGCAAUAAUUUUUUUUUUUUGCAAAGUAUAGACCGACAUAUUUACAUUUACAUGUACGAUUAAGCCUAGAUCUAUUAUUAAACAAACAAAAAUAUAUUUCUAAAUCUUUCAAUGGUAUUAUGUGCAGUAUAUAUGGUGUUAAAUAUAUACUGGUAUGUACAUAUUUUAUUAAAAUACCUUUUCUAAAUUUAAUUUUGAUCUUGUUUGUAAAUCAAGGAAAAUUUGAUCUAUUGGAAAUGCUCAGAACUUCAUUUCAAGAAGCAACAAUAAUAGCAAAAAAAAAAAAAUAUGAAACGAAUAAAAAAUGUAUUUUUUAACAUUUGAGAUAAGCUUAA